CUCUUUCUGUGCAGGUUUCUAGGAUCUUUUGAUAAAUCUUUGCUAUAAUAAUACAAGCAGUCUUGCGGACUUUAUCGGUCCCUCUCUCCUUUGCACUCUGUAACGUUGUGUUGUGAACAGGCGCUAGGACCUAACGAGCCACGCUCUGGUGAUGUAGCCUUUAGGUCAUCCCAGUCGGUUGCCCUUGCCAGCUCUUCGCGGAAUUUACGGGAAAAUUGGAAGUUACGUGGAUUGACACAAAUUACAAUUUCCAGCAAAGGUUGAGAAAUUCAUUUUUGGAGGAGGCAGCCGAAGAUCCCCAAGAUGAACGUUGCCCGGGUACACCACUCUGUUUAUUAGAACAAAGUGAAUAUCUGUAUGAACAAGGAUUUUAUAGGUAACAUGAAUUGUAUCCCAAGCAUUUCCCAUUAAAUACAGAAGAAAUUAAUGCAAAGGAAGAAGGCAAAGAGGUACUUUUCAGCCAACUUCUUCAGAACCUCAUUGGGACUCCAAAAUUUGAAAUGAGAGGUUCAGAAGAAGCAUCAACGGGAAGAGUUUUGCAACGCCUAAUUCAAGAGCAUUUAAGACAUGGAAAUCCACAUGAGAACAUGACCCUACUGACAAUACAACAGCAAGCCACAGUGAACACUGGGCCAAACGACAGCAGUGGGAGCGCACACUCGUCCUCAGAAAACCUCAUGCAAGAAGAUCCACAAAUGGUCCAUCAGUCAGCACGUCAAGAACCUCAAGGGCAAGAAAAUCAGGUGGACAACGGUGUGAUGGAGAAGCAGGCACAGGUCACUCUAGCUCAGCAGAGUAUUGAAGAACUACCAACCUAUGAGGAAGCCAAAGCACAGUCUCAAUUCUUUAGAGGGCUGCAACAAACAUUGGUUGGCACUAGUUUCUAUGUUGCAGGGAUCACUAAUCAAAAAACAAAAACUGAGGGGAGACCUACAGUUAACAGAGUAAGCUCUGGGCAGAUACACAAGGAUGAAGCAUUAAAAGAACUUAAACAAGGUCAUGUUCGUUCUCUUAGUGAACGUUUAAUGCAACUUUCUCUGGAAAGGAAUGGUGUAAAGUCACAUCUUCCUGCCUCAAAAAACAAUCUCCCUUCCCAACAAACAAAUAAAGCCUUCAAAAAUAGAGGACAACAAUCUAUUCAAACCCUGUCAAAGAGUGUGGAUCCAAGAGGUCCUCCACCAGAAUAUCCUUUUAAAACCAAACAAAUGUUGCCGAUGCUUAAUCAAUCUCAUGAGCUUGCGAAUUUUUAUAAUGACUCUCACUCUCCAAAUCCUCAGGAAUUGCUUAAACCAUAUCCUGGAACUCUAGCAAUUCGACAAGAAGCAACAAUCCUAAGAUAUCAGUCACCACCAGAAUAUGGAUCAAACAGGCAAUGCCACACAUUUUUUCAAUCAUUGCCACCACAGGACCACAGCCCUAUGUCUUUCCAGAGCUCCAUGGAAAAGAAUAAGUUGCAACUUGCAUUUUUGCAGCCACCUCUUCCUCAGGUCCAACCAGAUCCUGUGUCAAACCAGCAACUUUCAGUUGAUGCAGUUGCAAUUGUGGCAAGGGCUCAGCAGAUGGUGGAGAUACUAUCGGAAGAAAACCGUGCCCUUCGCCAAGAACUGGAGGACUUCUAUGAAAGAAGUACAAAACUCCAAAAGUUUGAAAUGGAAAUUCAGCGGAUCUCAGAGGCCCAUGAAAACUUGGUGAAGUCCACCGCCAAACGGGAGACAUUGGAUAAAGCCUUGAGGAAUAAAUUGGAAGGCGAAAUACGAAGACUAUAUGACUUCAACAGGGACCUUAGAGAUCGCUUGGAGACUGCCAACAAGCAGCAGGCGAGUCAAGAGUAUGAUAGUACUGAAGAUACCAUGACGAUAGAGGGCCACUAUAUAACACAGAAGCUCUUGAAGGAAGAGGAAAAGCUGGAAAUGGAACUGGCCACAAUGCGUUCAGCCAAUGAGGAUCAGCGGAGGUGCAUUGAAAUCUUGGAUCAGGCAUUGAACAGCACCCAAGCCAAGGUGGUCAUGUUGGAGGAGGAGGUGAGGAAGAAACAAGUGUAUGUGGAAAGGGUAGAGCGGCUACAACAGGCCUUGACACAGCUGCAAGCAGCCUGUGAAAAGCGGGAACAGAUGGAACGGAGGCUACGUACUCGGCUGGAACGAGAGCUAGAAUCUCUUCGAGCACAACAGCGACAUGGAGGCCCUAUUUUGACUAACGUUCCACAACAUAAUACUCCAGCAUUGAUUGAGUUAUUAAAGGUAAAGGAAGAACGAAUCCUGGUCCUGGAGGCUGACAUGACCAAGUGGGAGCAGAAAUAUUUGGAAGAAAGGGCAAUGCGUCAUUUUGCUAUGGAUGCUGCUGCUACAGCUGCUGCUCAGAGGGAUACCAAUAUAAUAAAUCACUCUCCAAAUAGCAGCUACAAUGGUACUCCACUGGAAGUACGAAAUUUGAAUGAGGAAGAGGAGAAUGUGCAGUCAAAUCAAAGAUACCAAGACACAGAGCAUGGGGUAGGAGGCUUCAACUGCAUUUCUAACAGAAUAAAAAACCUUCACGCGCAGCUUAUAGAGAAGGAUGCCGUGAUAAAAGUACUCCAGCAACGUUCUCGAAAGGAACCAGGAAAAUUGGAGCCUGGAUCCCUGAGGCCGGGAAAAUCAAACUCAUCUAUACAUGGACAUACUGUACUGCAUUCUCACUGGGCAUCCCUGAGUAAAGAAGCAAAGGAGGAUAAGGGCAGGAAGGGAGGUGUAGGCUUGCUUCAAAUUAAAGACAAACAGGAAAAUUCUUUGCACACCUCACUUCAAAUGACUGCAACUUCACUCCCAGUGGUUUCCACACAUAUUAAAACUGGCAGUAAGGACAACAGUACUCAGACAGAUAGAAGUCCUGAACUGGUCCGUCCAAGUAGUGCCCCAGUCCACGGAAGGAGAAGGCUCAGCACAACCCCCAUCAGCAGCCCCAGUAUGAGACUGAAAUCAGCACGAAGCAACACAGAAAAAUUAGGAGAUGCUUCCAUCAUUCAUAUCAAAUCACACGACAGCAAAGGAAGAGGCACCUAUUCCUUCCACAAACCUGAUUUUGAUGAUCUAGUGGAAAUCCUCAUUUAACAACAGGAAGUCACAGCUGUACAGUCCAUAGAUGAUCAGAGCUUGCAUUAACAGCUGGAGAAUCAAGAGUAUGGAUCUUCAGAAGUUGAGGACUUCUUUUUUAAAUAAGGCAGAAACUGUUUGGAAGUAGAAAUUACAAGAAGGAUUUUGUAUCUAGGUAUAUGCAAAAUGGAACAUGAUACAAAUAAGUUGGGACUGUAAAGAGGAAGAUGAGUAGAUGAGAGUGGUAGGAUAUGGUGGGUGUUUUGUUUGGAAUGUAUUUGAUGGGCCUGUAAGCUUAAAAGAUACAAGCUAAGAGUAUUUUCAAUACUCUGUCUCAUAAUGAUAUAUCUGUGCAUUAUUUUCAAUUCAUAUAGAAGCGGAUCAGUAUUCUUACGGCUCUUUGGCACUUCUGCUGAAAACAAUGCCCACGUGUACACAGUACACAGUAUAAAGUAGCAUCUUUAUUGCCAUUCAAUAUCCAAUUGGAAUAUAAACAGGCAGAUGAAUAAAUAAUAUCCUGCAUAGUGUUUAUCUGCUACUUGUGUACUUUAGAAUUUUGCUGGUAUAAUUCUAGAGGCAUUUCACAAAAGGUUGAGUCCUGCUUUCUGUGAACUCUAAACUCAGUCUCAAAACAUCAUUUGAGGAAAGGUCACUACUGCAAUGAUGGACAAUAUUUCAUUUUAAAAGCAGAUCAUUUGGAAAUACUAUAACCUCACAUCUAUAGGCAAUCUUUCUAACACAUAAUAUGUGCACAAUUAAAACAAAAGUAGAAAAAAUAAAAAUAUAGAGUAACAGAAAUUGAAGCCAGGGCACAAGCUUAUCAUAAAAAUGAGUCAUUGAUAUUGCACAUCACUAUAUGACUGAUAACCACUAUGGGCUCUCAGAUUACAACAGCAUUUAUUCUGCGAUAUAAUGAAUGGUCAACCUCACUAAUUCUGGUUAAGUAAAAUAUUAUUUGUACAAAUAUGGAUUGCUUUAGACAAUGAUGAUACUUGUAACGAUGAAUCUAAAUACUUAUUGACAAACCGUAAAUAUCAAGAUUGUUUUCUGUACACACUAUCGAGCAAAGCGUUGUAGUGACAGUUAAAGUAAUAUUGUCGGUUACAUUUUCCCAGGCCGCCAUUUGGCAUACUCAAGUUUGGCAUAAAAAUUGAUGCUUACAUUUAUAGUAAACUUGGGGCCAAAUUGAACCAGCUGUCUGCAGUGAAAUAUGUUUCAACCUGAAAAAUAUAAGAAGCAGAGUUUCUGUUCAAAUUCAGAACUCCAGUACGUAACAGACCAUAUGGCAAUUUACAGAGUAUAGCUAGUUAUUCUCUAGAUCAAAUUGCAUCAGUUUGUAAUUUUCUAUUCUUGUGAUGUGUGCAGAAUGUAAAAAUGAAUAUCCCAAAUCUGUGUUUAUAUUGAGUGUGUUGUCCACCCGUCUGGUGAAAAGCUGCCUGCAUUGCCACAAUAAUUGAUUGCUAUUCCUUAUCCAACUGAACUGAAAGUAGGCUGAAAACAAGUUAUGUGACCUGGUCUAAUUGCACAUAUUUUAAAAAGUAGUGGAAUUUCAAAAUGUAGACCCCAAAAGAUUAAACAACUCCUUCGUUUGCAGAAAAAAAGUUGUUAUAAAACUAAUUCUCCAGGAAAUUUUAUGGCUAAUGUCAUUAUUUUUAAAAGUGCAGAUUUGCAUUUUCGCCCAGAGCACCAAUAUAUUAAUGAAGAGCUCUGACUUCUAUCAGUUUGUCGAAACAAAAGAAAUCAUUGCUUGAUUGACAGCUCGAGCUUUUUUUUAUUGCUGGUAUCUGUUUCGCCAAUGCUUACUUGUACAAGAUAAAGAGUACUUUUUAAGGUCUGGUUGAUUGACAUUUUUACAAGGUUGUAGUGAAGAAAGUUGUGUGACUUUUUUAAGCUUUUCUACACAUGCCAUUGUUAAUCUAGAGUUUAUUGGUUCUUUAGUAUUUGCACUGGUUGAAUGAGCAUGAAAAUGCUAGGCGCUGUCAUGGAUGGGAUAUGGGCAGAUCAUGAGUGUGAGGGAUAUGGGAAGUAUUAGUUAAGAAAGUAACCAGGGCCAAGUGCCAACAAACUUAGGUGGGUCUUUAAACCAAUUUGCUUUAACACUUAAAUAAAAGCAAAAUGCUGCAGAUGCACAUAAUCUGAAACAAAAGCAAUUUUAACGUCAUGUAUCAUGCAAACAGGUGGAGAUUUGGUAAAAUGACAGUUUCCAGUUUUGCUGAUUGGGUCUUAACCUAUUCGUGUUUGCUGUCCGCAUCCUUCCAUCUGUAUCUGUUGAUAAAGGUAAAGCAAAUCAAAUUUGUUCAGUGUGACUUGCUUCUAUGACGCAUAUUUACUGAUGGCUAAAGAGACACUUUGUAUUUGUAAACUGGGUGAAUCAGUAGGAAACUCCAAGCUAUAUGGUCCUAAAAUGGUCAGAAAUUUUACCAAUUGAAUCAGGAGGGUAGGGAUAGACUGACUAUAAUAGUCAAUGACAACAUCCAAUUCAAACAAGGGCAGGUUAGGUCAUCAACCAGGUCAACUAGAAACUAAAAAUCCUCCUUGCCUCAACUGUUGUUCGACCAGGUACACAGAGGCAGGUAUGUAAUGUGAUGACAUUGUUCAGUAGAAGUUGAUGGCCUCAUUGCAAGCUAGGGUGGGGGGGAAAGUUCCUGAUCAGACAUUUUUGGAAAAUAUCACAGCUUGACAAAAUUAAUUAUUUAACAUGGAAUGUAAUUAUAUAGAACUUAUGGAAAUGAUUAGGACAGGGUCCCUGCCGGCAUUCUGGUUGGCGCAUGGGAUAACCAUUAAAUUGAGUCUGCAACAUUUAAUUUUGAUAACCCAUUGACAUGUGGUCCUUGUCAACUCACUCUUUUCACUCAUACAUCGUAUCCAUUUUAAAAGGUGCUUUUUAUUUUAAGCGUUUAGUAAUUGUCUUAUGAAAGGAAAGUGCAGCAUUUUCCAGAAUCCUGAUUUUGGCUAUUUUAUUAUACAUUUGCUGAUGUUUAUUUCCUAAUUGAUUGCUGAGUUCAUUCGUGACAGCACUUUGUAUUAUAUUUUUGGCUACCUUAUGUAAAAAUGUCUGAGUUAAUUGGUGCAGUUGUGAACUAACUGUUAGAGAGAAGAAAGGCAAUGGCUGGCCAGUGCUGUACAGGUAGCUGAUUAUAUCAAGGGUAUGUUUUUGUAUAGUUCUCAAUGGGAGAGAAAUAACUUGAUGUCACAAAGAUGUUUCUCAACAAAAGUGUCUUUUUUUUUGUCUUU